AUGACGUCGCAGACACUUGAGAACAGCGAGGACACCGAGAGCCGGCGGGUGGGAACGCUAGCCGACCGCGAGCUCGUUGCCGAGCUCAUGUACCCGACCUCCGAAGAAAGCGCGUUCAGUUGUUUCCGGUGCGAAAACUGCGCAAGAACGGUGUGGGUGUGCCUUUGCGGCGCCGAAAUAGUGCCCGGAACGACACGGACGGAAGAUCUUGUACCCUUACGUCGGGAAGGAGGGCGUUUGUCCCUGGUAUCCUCGGGGUGGUCGGCUGCGAGUCAGUGUUCCACAGUCGGGUCGCCGUCGCUAAAAGCGCCUCCAACUCCAACAGCUGGCCAUCGGGUGCCAUCAUGCGAUCCUGUGCUGGAUGUGAAGUACGCGGCAAGCAAUGGACCGGUGCUCGGCGAUGAUGGAAAGACGGUGUUUUGCAGCAUGGACUGUUAUUGGAGUGCGUCGUUGGACCCAAAUUGUCAGCGGAUUCGCCUGGUUUACGAGAGAAAGGGCGCGCGCCCUAAGAUUCUGGAACGUCGAUGCGGUAAACCCGGCGGCACAUUGGAGGCGGGAGCGCCUUGUCGUCCGACACGCGGGCGUCCGCCAACCGAUGAGCGAGGAGCACCCGCCGCGUUGCUGCAUCGCCGCCCCGAUGCCAUCGAGUGCAACGCGGGGGCGUCGUCACCGCAGCUGCCGUCGUCGUCGUCGUCGUCGUCGUCGCCGCCCCGCGUCGAUGUAUCCAAGAGGCUGCUCCAGAAACAAGCACAGCUACUGCGAAUUCCGCAGUCGACGCGCACUGCAGAAGAAAACGAUGCCUCGCUCUGGGACCGUCUGCGGUGUGGGAACCAGUGCCAUCAGUCGGGUGAUGUACAGCAUGCGAUGUACGAGCACCAUGCCUACUUUGGAGGAACCUUCCGCCGAACGGUUGGUGUUGAAGUGCUUCGACGAUACACCUGGUGCUGA